AUGGCAGCCCAGGCUCGGACCCCUCGGUCACGGUCACGAAUCUUGGGCUGCUCUUCCGUGUUGCGCUUUCUCCGAAGCCUGGUCGGGAGCAAAGGGAGUUCUAACAAGUCCUUGGCCAGAAGCCGGCCCAGUCCCUCACAAGAGCAGGAGGUUGUCUCCCCAAGGAUUGGCCCCCGGGGAGGUCGCUGGAGGAGGGGGCCAAGGCUACACGCAGUGGUACCCAGGGACCUCUCUGUAGCUCCCUCAAACGUGCCGCCGCAUGAUGCCUUUGGGCUGGGCACUGGAGAUAUGAGGUCCCAGACCCUCACCUCCAAUGAUACCCUGAAGCUUCAGGCCCAGGGUGUAGAGGUGACAUCAGUCCCCACCAGAGAAAUCACGGAGGUUCUGGGACACCUGUCUGAGAAGAAAGGAGAGGAAAAAGAGACAGUAGGGGAGGCCUCUGGGGCCUCAGAGGCCUCAGACAGGGAGCACUUUGCUCAGGCCCUGGAGGCAGAACAAGGAAGCCUGCAGUGGGUUCCUGGACCACUGGCACUCACCCCUGGGGCCUUGGUCAAAGAGGAAGAGGAGGGGCCCUGCCUAAUUGAGAUUGGAGACCUCAGGCUGACCUCCUGCAAGGUGGGGUCCACCCCAUGGAAUUAUCUCCUUGGCUUAUACAAACAACUGCAGAAGUCAGCCAUGGCCAAGGCUCAGAGACCAGGGGUGCCUCAGUUUCCUCUCAAGGACGACUUGUCCCAUGAGGAGAAAGGGGAGCGAGAAGAAGCAGAGGAGGACAGCUACCUCAAGCUGUGUGCCCCGCACGUCACUGCCACCUCCCAGUCUCAGCUCCAGAAGAUGUUUAGGGCCACGGAUACAGUGGGUUUCGUGGAGUCAGAGCUAAAGAAGAUUCUGGCAGUACGACGGGAGUCCCGCCUCUGGAAGGUGGGCAACCCGGAGGGCCGGGAGCUGCUCACCCAGCCCGACAUCACGCUGGAGGAGGCUGGCAUGGUAGACGGCCAGCACCUGCUCCUGGAGGAAAUGGAUGAGAUGGGGAACUGGCCUCCUCCGGAGUGAGGCCCCUGCCGGCAGGAGCCUGCGGCGGCGCCCACACCCCUGUGGCCCUGGGUGGUGGGCCUGCCCACCGCUGUCUCUACCCAUCAAACUCUGGUAGAUGAUGUUCUUAAUAAAAGCUUAGUUUGCCAUUA